AUUUUCCAUUUUUUAUCGAAAAAUAGCAAAAUAAACUUUUAACGAGUCGCCGUAACGUCAAAUCAUGCGACUUUUGGCAGUGCUAAGACUUGCAAACAGUAGUUACAGUAAAAGUUUACGGCAAUUUCUGUGUGCCGCAACACAAACCCAUCACAAUAACAGAGUCUCCGCAUUUGCCUCUCUGGCCAAAAUGCUGAAGAACAAGAAGGAAAAAGCCGCUAAUGAGGGCAAAAAAGAAGGAAAUUCAGCAGGAGGCGGAAAUGGAGGCGAAUUAAAUCCAUGGCCUGCGUAUAUUCAAGAACGUUUAACCUUAUGGGACACGUUGAAGAAGCAAUAUGACGAAGAAUUGACACUCAAACCGAAAGUUUCGAUCAACGUUACCUUGCCUGAUGGCAAAAUUGUCGAAGGAAAAUCAUGGGAAACGACACCUUUUGACGUCGCAAAGGGAAUUUCGCAAGGUUUGGCGGAUAAUACUGUCAUCGCGAAAGUCAAUGGGGAGCUUUGGGACUUGGAUCGCCCCUUGGAGAAAGACUGCACGCUGCAAUUGUUGAAAUUUGACGAUCCCGAGGCGCAAGCAGUGUUCUGGCAUAGCUCCGCUCAUGUUAUGGGCGAAGCAAUGGAACGCAUUUACGGAGGGCAUUUGUGUUAUGGGCCUCCAAUCGAGAACGGAUUCUAUUAUGACAUGUAUUUGGAAGGCGAGAGUGGCAUUUCCAACUCGGAUUACAAGAAAAUGGAAGAUGUCAUCAAGAAAAUCGUCAAGGAGAAACAACCAUUCGAGCGACUUGAGAUGAAAAAAGCGGAUUUACUCAAGAUGUUCGACUACAACAAGUUCAAGGUUCGCAUUUUGAACGAAAAAGUCAACACAGAAACGACAACCGUUUAUCGCUGCGGUCCCUUGAUCGAUUUGUGUCGCGGUCCGCACGUUCGUAAUACAGGAAAAAUCAAGGCUUUGAAGAUUUUCAAGAAUUCCUCGACUUAUUGGGAGGGAAAAGCUGAUGCGGAGUCUCUUCAACGUGUUUAUGGCAUCUCGUUUCCCGAUGCGAAACAACUUAAGGAAUGGGAAAAGAUUCAAGAGGAAGCUGCGAAACGAGAUCAUCGCAAACUUGGCAAGGAACAAGAACUUUUCUUCUUCCACGAAUUGUCGCCGGGCUCGUGUUUCUUCCAACCGAAGGGCGCACAUAUCUACAACACGCUCGUCGAAUUUAUUCGGAAGGAAUAUCGCAAGCGAGGCUUUCAAGAAGUCGUUUCGCCAAACAUUUACAAUGCGAAGCUGUGGCAAACAUCGGGACAUUGGCAGCAUUAUGCGGAAAAUAUGUUCUCGUUCGAAGUUGAGAAGGAAAAGUACGCCUUGAAGCCCAUGAAUUGCCCCGGACAUUGUUUGAUCUUCGAUCAUCGUAAUCGUUCGUGGCGCGAAUUGCCUUUGAGGAUGGCAGAUUUCGGGGUUUUGCACAGAAAUGAGUAUUCGGGAGCCUUGACGGGACUUACUCGAGUACGGAGAUUCCAACAAGAUGAUGCCCAUAUCUUCUGUACGCCGGAUCAGAUUAAACAGGAAAUCAAUGGAUGCCUCGAUUUCUUGCGUUCCGUGUACACAAAAUUCGGAUUUACCUUCAAGUGUGUCCUUUCAACACGCCCCGAGAAAUUCUUGGGCGAAAUUGCUGUUUGGGAUGAUGCUGAAAAGGCUCUUAGCGAAGCUCUCGACAACUUUGGGCAAGAAUGGAAGUUAAAUCCGGGCGAUGGCGCCUUUUAUGGACCCAAAAUCGACAUUACCAUUCAUGACGCGCUCAAACGUGCUCAUCAAUGCGCAACUAUCCAACUCGAUUUCCAACUCCCAAUCCGCUUCGAUUUGGGUUACGUUUCCGACACAGGCGAAAGAAAGCGUCCCGUUAUCAUUCAUCGCGCCAUUCUCGGAUCUGUCGAACGCAUGAUUGCUAUUUUAACGGAAAAUUACGCAGGAAAAUGGCCUUUCUGGUUGUCGCCGCGACAAGUUAUGGUUGUGCCUGUUGCCCCGUUGUACAACGAAUAUGCGCAAAAUGUGACAAAGAGACUUUUCGAAGCUGGAUUCAUGGCAGAGAGUGAUACUGACACCGGCGACACGAUGAAUAAGAAGAUUCGAAAUGCACAGUUGGCACAAUAUAACUUCAUUUUGGUUGUCGGCGAGAAGGAAAAGACGUCAGAAACCGUAAAUGUUCGUACAAGAGACAACAAAGUACAUGGCGAAGUCUCCGUUGACGAGUUAAUCCAAAAAUUAAACAAGAUUCGUGAUGAUUUCGUGAUCGGAGAAGAUACUUUCUAAAUGAAAUCGCUCAUUAACCGUCGUACUACUAACAUUUAUCCUUAAAAAACGUAAAUUAUAAAUAAAAUUCUUGCUUCAUCUUACAAACGA